AUGGAGCCGCCUGAUCUUUAUGCCCGCUUUCCCAACGACCCUUGUUUCUCUCAAUUACUCACCAUUGCAAGGAAAAAGCGCACCUCCAUCAUAGUCAAUGAUCCUGGAUCUGGCAUGAAAGCAGAUUAUAAUCGGCUGCUCAGAGAUGUCUCUACUGUCCGGCAAGGCCUCUGCGAAUGCCUGCCGUCACACUGCGUCCGUAGCGGUAGCAUCUUUAGCGAAGAUCCCGUCUAUGUGUGCACUCUGCUCAGGCCAAAUUACACUUUUAUUGUUGCUAUUCUGGCUAUUUUGGCUACCGGUGGCGCGGCUGUCCCCCUUUCCACUACGCUCCUACUUGACGAAGCCCUGUCAUUGGUUUUCAGAUGCAGGGCUACAUAUCUACUAGUCGAUUCGGAGAAUGCAGAAUUUGCCGAGAAGAUACAAACCUAUCUCCAGGAACACAACGGACACCGGCUGAAUAUCGUCCGAAUUGACCCUUCGAAAGACCCUAACCCUGUUUCUGAGCACUACUGUACCAUCAAUCAUGAUAUAAAGUUCUCGCCCGAAAGAAUCAGCUUGGUUCUAUUCUCCUCAGGCACCACCGGACCGCCAAAGGCGAUAGUUCAUAGCCGGCGCGUCUUUUAUCGUGCGCAGGAGCUACUGCCACCCCGAGAAGAUGGCCAUGAUAUUUUCCUCGUGUACCGCACCGUUGUCAGCGCAGCUGGAGUUCUUCCACUGGUCCGAUAUAUCCUGACUGGUGUUCAGCUGGAGAUCUUUAAUCAGAAGUGGGAUGCCGCGAUAAUGUGGGAGCGGCUGCGUAAGGGUGAUCUGACCAUUUUUAUCGGCGCCCCUUCUAUUUGGCUCAGACUUAUGAGGCACUAUGAGACUUCUAUCAUGCAUCUUCCGGAAGAGGAGCGUGAAUCUUACGUCCAAGGUAUGCGGGGUCUGCGUGUAGCGGUGACCAUCGGAGCCUCCGCUAUGCCCGACUUGAAGCAAUUCUGGUGGAAUCUGCGUGGUGGGCGAGCGCUGCAAAAUUCAUAUGGUAGCACUGAGCUGGGCUGCUCCAUGAUCAAAUCCUCGAUUGACGAGCCACCGGGAAACUUCCACAGGCCAACCCUCGGGAAACCGAAAGAAGGGUUUGAUGUGAAGCUCUCAAAUGGAACUCAUGGAGAGAUCCUCGUUCGGUCCCCGUUUGUUUUUGCUGGCUACCUAGAUGAUUCGGUGAAAGUCACGACAUCUUCGGUCCUGGAUGAGGAAGGAUACUUCCACACUGGAGAUAUUGCACAUAUGGAAGGCGAUGACUUCGUGAUGGAUGGCCGAUUCGGAACCGACUUCAUAAAAACCAUUUUCGGAUUCCGAGUCCCAAGACUCUCGGUGGAAGCACAAAUAUCGCAACUUCCCCAAAUCAUUGAAGCUUUUGUCGUGCCAGUCCCCGAUCCUACAUGCGUGAAUCGUAUCGGAGCUAUUGUUCACUCGAAGUCAAGCGAUCUCUAUCUUGAUGAACUUCGCGAAGAAUUAUCACCUCACCUGCCGCUGUACCAACUACCGACAAUCCUAUACGUACUGAGGGGUGGGGAAGAUAUCCCCAGAACGCACACAAACAAGCUUGACAUCAAGAAGGCUGUGGAGAAAUUCUUUCCCUCGGAAUCUCUCUGCUUGCUAGACUCACACUCGGGCAAUAUCCAAAUCUAUGAUAUUGGGAAAUUGAAAGCCAUGAAAUCGGAGCGGCCGUGGGAUUGGGCCGGAUUACAGAGCUAG